GGAGCGGAGCGGAUUGCGAAGGUGAAGGCGCAGUUGGCGGAGAAGUUCGACGUGCGCGAUCUGGGGGAGGCGACGUACUUCCUCGGGAUGGAGCUGACGCGCGAUAGGGAGGCGCGCACCCUGAAGCUGACGCAGAAGAAGCUGACGGGGGAGCUGGUCGGCCGUUACGGACUGGCGGACGCGCGAGCGCGUAGUGUUCCUCUUGGAACGGGGGACAAGUUAACGAAGGAGGGGGGAGCGAUCGUCGAUUACUGUAACACGGAUUACGCGGGAGACGUGGACACGAGAGAAUACACGACGGGGUACGUCUUCCUGAUCUACGGGGGGGGCAGUGAGCUGGUCGAGCAGGCUGCAGCCAACGGUGACGGCCUGGACAGUACGAGCGGAGUACAUGAGCGCAGCGCAAGCGAUUACGCGGGAGACGUGGACACGAGACAAUACACGACGGGGUACGUCUUCCUGAUGUACGGGGGGGGCGGUGAGCUGGUCGAGCAGCCUGCAGCCAACGGUGGCGGUCUCACAGUAGAGGCGGAGUACUUGAGCGCAGCGCAACCGGAGAAGGAGGCGUUGUGGUUUCGCAAGCUUGGGGGAGAUCUCGGGUUGGAUGUCGGCACAAUCCAGAUCUACUGCGACAACCAAGGAGCAAUUCGGCUCUUGAAGCACUCGAUCGCUUUGCAGCGGUCGAAGCACGUUGACGUGAUUCAUCACUUUGCACGGGAGCGCGUGGCACGCAAGGAGGUCGCGUUCGCGUACUGCAGGACGGAGGACAUGAAGGCGGACAUCAUGACCAAAGCGCUGGCACCGGGGAAGUUGAAGAAGUGCAAGAGCCUGAUAGGAGUCAUAUAG